AUGCACUUCAUAAUUCAGAACAUUGAGAAGACAGCCCUGCUCUCUGAGUAUGCCAAUCUGCUUAUCACUGAGAUGGAACCUGAGACAGCAGACCAGGAAAUGCGGGAUUUUGAGACACAGGUUGACCUGGCUGAGAAGAAGCAGUGGAAACCCUCCCCUGAGAAGGCAGGGAAGAGAGAUUUUGAGGUGAUUAUCAUCUCAGAUGAGGAGAAGAAGGAGAAGAAGAAGAAUGAGAAGUGA